UUAUAAUGGACGAACAGAAUAUAGUAAAGAGGCUGCUCAUACAAGGCGAGGAUAAGAUCGGAAACUACAGAGAAUUCGAUUAUGAGUCCUUGCCUCCAAAUCAACUGAAAACCAUCAAGUUCUUGUCCUUGUUUUCCAAGUACAAAGGGACUAUUAUAAAAUAUAUUGGAACUUCUAAGUCUUCCGUGGAAGAGAAAAUCGCUUAUCUCGAGAAAAACUCUAUGAAACUUGGUGUAGAUCUCUUCAGUAAACUCGAGCAAGCAAGGCUAGAAGUAAACAAUGGUUAUUACAUCUUUCCAUACCUAGCAGGGUCGAUUACAGUUCUUGGUGUUCUGAUCAUGGCAAGAUUUUCACCCAUGACAUCCAGAUUAUAUCGUGAAUUUGGAUAUUCAGCAUUGUUAGGAUUCAGUAUCAGCAGUGGAUAUAUUUACUACCAGAAGCUCAAUUACUGGGAUGUGGUCAACCAGACCUAUGACUCACUUGAAGAGCUUAUGGAGAAAUAUCCUCAUUUGAGGCAAGUUGAUGAGAAUCAGGGCAUUAUUAAGAACUUUGGAAAUAGCAUAUUUAACUCAAUGGACGAGAAUGACGUGACUAACGAGUGGGAUGAAGUCACUGAUAAUGAGAUCAGUGUGUUCGAUGGUACUGCUGAGGAAGAAGCUCAAAUUAAUAGAGACCAAAUUAUGAAAAGGUUUACAGGCUAAUUUUCAAUAUUGAAGCUUCAAUC